ACGAGUAUAAAAGCAUUAAAAGUUCUUGAAAUUUAUCCAGUUUUAUUGAAAGAUUUAAUAAUUACACAAGUGACUACAAUUGUCUAAUAGAAUAAUGGCUAAAAUAAUGAUAAUCCUCGCUGUUUGCAUCGCCUUGACAAUGGCGCAUCCAAACGGUUAUGGUGGCGGUCAAGGUUACGGUGGUAGUCUAGGUGGCGGUCUCGGUGGUGGUUAUGGUGGCGGACAAGGCGGCUAUGGUGGACAAGGUGGUGGUGGUUAUAGUGGCGGACAAGGUGGUUUAGGUGGACACGGUGGUGGUGGUUAUGGUGGCAGACAAGGCGGACUUGGUGGUGGCAGCAUUGGUGGAUAUGGUGGUGGCAGUAUUGGUGGAUAUGGUGGUAGCCGUGGAGGAUAUGGUGGACAUUAAAACUUUCGUUUAUGUGUACAUUUUUAACGCUAUAAAUUGAUUUACGUAUUAAAAGUAUUCGAAAACUAAAAAUAAAAACAUUUAAAAAAGA